GUGGGAGCCGGCAAGAGCCUCAUCAAAGCGGCUGCAAGGCUGCAGAUCAGCAGGUAAAAAACCUCGAGAGAUCAGGUGCUCCGAUCUGCCACUCGCGGCAUGUGUGUCAUGUGCCUGCAGCACGGCACUGCCCGAUCUGCCGUUCAAUCGUCGUGUGUGCGCUUGUGUGGACUGUGCAGGUGUUUGAAGGCCGGCCAGCGGUUGGCUCCGCCACUCUGCGUGUUAGAGCGUCCGACCGCCAGACCUUGUCAGUCAGCGUGAUGGUGUUAGUGUGCCGGCAUAGGUGACCAGGAGUGGGUGGAUUGGUUCAGGAUGGGUCGCCGGUCUCGUCAGCAGGGCCGCUCGUCGCGCGGCACAUCCCAGACACGAGUCGGUACCACAUCCCCCGUGCGACGCAGGAAGGACAAAGACGGAGGGGGACCUGCAGGCGACACCACCACCAGCCGGAAGGACAGGGACCGCGACAGAGAGAGGAGCAGAGAUCCAAAGGGCGGCAGCAGCAGUGGUGGCACCACAGCAGCCAAUGCCAGCCCGGCUGCUGGGGGGGGUGGGGGUGGUCCGCCAGCCACGCGGGAGAAGACUCCCAGCAAGGCAUCAGCGGCAGCGGUGGACGGCAAGACCCGCAGUGAUCCGCCCAAGGUGGGCAGCGCCGCCCCAGGUCCUGUGGUGUGUGUGCCCACCAGCACACGUGACGUGUCGCCCGACCGUCAGAGUGCUGUCUCGGUGGCGUCCAUGUCCGAGUCCCUCCUACUCGCAAAGGCCGCCUCGUCAGACAUCGUACAGCGCAUCACUCGAGGCCGGGACGAGCUACGUGUGGUGAGGCUGGACCCUCGACUGCUGGGCCUCCUCAAGGAGCGACAGACGGCCGCCACCUGCCCGGUGCUUCAAGAGACCAGCUCGUCCAGCACAUCCACAUCGUCGUCUUUGCCACCGUUUUCGUCAGCUCAGGAGGAGCUGCACGCUUUCCACCUGACGCUGUACACGCUGUUGGCGCAGGCGUCCAAGUGCACGAGCAACUGGCUGGCGCCGCCCGAGAGCGUCGACAAGGAUCUGUUCAACCAGAUCGGCGGGUGGAGGAGCCUCGUCCUCAAGAUACACCAGCUGCUGGCCAACAUCAUCGGCGGGCCGGAGAGGAAGAGAACCACCAGCGAGAGCUGUGGAAUUGGCGGGCAGGACGAGGGGGCGGUGGCUGGGGCGGGCAGGGGGGCCACACCGACACCGGCAGCAUCUGAGUCAGCUGCCGGCAACAAGGAGAGCAGCAGCAGCAGCACCGCUGCCCCGGCCAGCAGUGUGUCGACGACGUCGCUCAAGGACUGGAACUUGCUCAACGAGCAGGGUCAUCAGAAGGAUGGAGGGUUCGUUAACGACACCGACUCCUUGACCAACUCGGUGUUGCUCCACCAGAGCACGGCCUCCACGGCCGUCCGCAGCGACACGAGCAGCGACGGCAAGGAGGGGCCGCGGAAGAGCGAGGCCGACACCAAGGGCAAGAGCGACGCGGGCGAGACCCUCCCACCCACAUCGUCAGACACCACGACGGUCCGCAAGGACUCCAACAUGCCCGGCCUGUCGCUGCGACAGACCAACACCCUCGAGACGCUCUCCCUCUGCCGCACUCUAGAGAAGCUCGGCAACGAGCUGGACCUCAGCCUCUCGCCUAUGGCCAAAGGCGAGAGUCCCCUCAACAAGGACCCUACUAAGACCACCAGCAGCGGCAGCAACAACCACACGAGCUACAAGGGGCAGGACAACAACGACAUCCUGCUGCCAUACCGCCCCCUGUCGCUGCCCGUCCACGUGUACGUGUCGCUUCAGCCGGCCUCGUGGAAUGCUGUGUCGCUCGACUCACCCAGGGACGUCUAUGCAGCAGUGGGAGAGAAGACCGGUGCAGCCGAGGAGUCACACCCCACCACCACCGCCGCCCCGUCAUCAUCGGGUCCAUUCACGAUCGGCGAUGACGACCGCAGCGAGGCGGCCAACGAGGAGGCCACCCAGGCAAAGGCCAACGAGAAGAAGACCACAUCCCCGCUCCGCCUCAGCUUCGACUUCAAGUCCCUACACACGCUCCUUGACGGCGCCGUGUCGGCCAAGGACAAGUCCAAGGACAAGGCGGCCGCCAACCAGCCCACAUCGGCAUCGUCCGCCACCACCAAGGACGGCUCGGCCAGCGGCCCCUCCGAGGGCACCCUCACACACAAGCGUGGCGGCAUCCUGGGUUUCACGAUCGAGUGGGAUUCGUCCAAGCGCAUCGUGUUUGCCACCGUUGACCUGGACAUCCUGUGGUUCUGUCUGUCGAGCGCCGGUCGGUUCGACCCCUACAUGCAGGCGGCCCUCUGCUGGCUGCUCCGACCCGUGAGGGACGCCUCGGUGCUGCGGGUGUCGCCGCCGCCCAUUCUUGCGUCGAGCUGGGAGAUGUGCCGCACGGUGGCCGCGCACGGCCUGCGGAUCCACCGGGACUCGCGAGACAAGUACCGGCUGAAUGCCGAGCAGUACGAGUGGUACCUCACACUGCUCACCAGCGGAGGUGAGCACAAGGAUGGGAUGCAGGGGGGUGCUGUGCGUCGGGACGUGAGGGAUGUCUUGGUGUGGAUGUGUGUUUGGUCAGGCGUUGAGGCCGUGCAGGACACUCUGGGUGACAUUGAGGAAUGCAUCUGGCACGGCCACUUCACGCCAUUUGACGCCAUGGUCAGUCAGACACGCGACAACACAUUCAUCUCUCACUCACGGACCUUCCCCUCCUUCAUCUGUGUGAACGGUUGUGCUGUGGUCCCUCUGUCUGUUGCAGAGUCGCAAGCUGUUGGAGCGCAUUCUGGUGUCGCUGAUCGGACACCAUGAAGUUGACAUCAGGCAAGGAAGGACACAACCCCCCACAGCACCUGAAGCGCAGCAGCGGACAGGCGGACGGACAUCGUGUGUUGUAUGGUAUGUUCAUUGAUUUGUUCCUGCAGGAGCCAGGCGGUGGUCCUGCUCAACAUGUUCUACGACGGAACAGACUGGCAACACCAGGUGCGGUGCGCACAGACAGCACUCACACACAGAGGGCAAGAGCGAGACACACGGCAAGCACCUGGCAUGCCCCCCCUCCUUGCUUGUCUGUCAGGUUGCAUUCACCCCUAUCAUCCGGUCGGUGGGCGACCCCUUCGAGAUAGAGUUCAUCAUCGAGGACGACACCGAGGGCGUCUUCCUACAACUCGCCGCACCCUCAUUCAACCGCCUCUCGCCCUACCGAGUCGUCACCCUCCACACGCCCACAUGGACGCUCAUGUCGCCCACUCCUGAGGCAGCCGAGGGCGAGCAGGCAGGAUCAUCGUCGGCUGUGAAGGGCCGGUGGAAGGGUCGAGUCAACUUCGGCACGCUGAAGCGGUGUGGUUUCUAUGACUGGCGGGUGGUACGGGCGUCGGUGGAGCGGGGCACAUGGGAGGUCGUACACAAGGUACGGUACGCAGGCAGGCGGCAGGGGAGAGAAGGUGCGGUUCUUUCCUCAUUUUGUACCUCUCUCCCGCUCGUGUGUGUGUGUGUCUGUGUGUGUGUGUGCCAGACUCGCCGGCAGCAGCGAACCAACAGCGCGAAGGACCUGUCGACUCUCCAAGCCAGGGGAGACGCCCCACCAACACCGCCAGGUAUGUCGCUGCCCGUUGCCCCCUCCCCAUUGCCGUGAUCGUGCACUGCUGAUCUCUCUCUCUCUCAUCUAUGUGUGUUUGUGUGUGUUGAUCGCACAGACUUUGACGAUGAGAUCUCCAAGUCGUUCCCACUGCAAGGCCGCUGGAUCGUCCAGAGGGCCCACAUGGACUCGGAACAAAUGCACGAAGUCUUCGUCGACGGCAAGCGGGCAGCACUCGACCAUGAAACUGGUACACACACACACACACGGACACGAACGAUUGCGAAUCUCUCACAAUACAUGCGUGAUAUGUCUUGUCUCAACAGGUGAGCUGCUGUCCCGCGGCAGUUUCGCCACCGUUACACCUGCCCUGGACGGCCUGCGCAAGAGCGGCAUAACGACACUUUACCUCAUGGGCGCGCUUUCACGCGACAACGGGCAGCCGCACUACACCAACUCGGGAGACGUCGUGUACCCCAGACCUGACGCUUCUCCGUUCGCCGUGACGUGCCGCGCCACGCCCAACAGCAUGUUGGGCGGCCCUGGAGGCUUCCUGGACCUCAUGCGGGAGGCCAAGAAGGUCGGCAUCAAGAUCGUCGUCGACAGCCUGUCCAGGAUCGCAUCAAGCAGGUGGGCAGAGUGUUGGGAGGACGGCAUACAAUGUGUUUGUUGUGUGGACACUCUUCCUUCGUGUGUGUGGUGUGGUGUUUGGUGCAGGGCUCACCGUCGGUAUGGUCCCCAUCUGCUGUACACCCUCGACGACAACGGCAAGAAAGUCAUGCUAUACGGAACCGACGGCAGGUCAGCCAAAGACGAUACAACAAAAGACGACUGAUGGGGCGUGAAAUCAUGAUUGUUGGUCUCCUUUCGUUUCGUGGGUGCCCGAUACGUGUAGGUCGGUGUCGUAUGAGGACACGGCGAUGCUCAACUACCGCAAGGUGGAGACGUGGGACCUGCUGGUGGACGACAUCAAGGCAUGGGCCGCACGAUACGGCAUCGACGGCGUCCGACUCGACAACGCACAGGCAUGGCCGCAGAUCAUGCAGGCUGACCUCGAGGAGCUCGGACGGGAGGACCCCGACGGACAGCCGCACUACAGACCACAAGACAUACUCGAUGCAGAGGUCAGUCACCCAACAAUAAGGGCAACUGAUGUCCGUCGAGCGGUCGUCUCAUUGUGUGUGGGGGGGUGUUUGUGUGUUCAGAUUGUGUUGCCGAUAGAGGUCGGUGCCGGUUUCUGGGACACGUUGGCGGUGCAGAAGGGCCGGUGGCCCAACCCGCUGUUCGUCAAGCUGUGCAACGAGAUGUGGUCCUACUUCCCCGACUUCCUCGUCAUUGGAGAGUGCUGGGAGGGACCUGGUAUAUAUGCCCCGCCAUCCAUUCACACACUAUCGCCUUUAUCCAUGGGUCGGUCUGUCUGUCCAUUUCAAAUCAGGUCUCGAGGACCGCAAGGGCGUGUUGAGCACAUCAGGUGUGGUGCCCCACGUGCACCAGCUGCCGCUCACUCUCUCGCGCCUCUUCGGCCGACACAUCGAGGCCGACGGACAAAUCACAGACGGGCACAGACCUGAGACCGUCGCAUCACUCAAGGUACUACUCACAUACACAAGCAGAUACACAGACGUGAGAGAUGGGCCGCUGAUGGACGUCACCUACCUGCUCUGUUUCUAUCGCUCAGCGCUGGCUGGACGACUCUCACUACGGUCUGCCCGACGGCGCCUUCUGCAUUCAGGGCUCCACCAGCCCGUCGUCGCCCUACCCGGCCCUGCUGUACGGCCGGGGUGCCUGGCCUGCAGUGGACCUGCUCUUCUUCCUCCCAGACAUCCCCAUGACCCUCUUCGGAGAAAUGGCCGGAAGAAGCUUCAGGUCAGUCAGUCAGUCAGUCAGGCGUAUAUACAUCUGACUGACGCCUCUCCAUUUCUCUCAAUGCAUCAUUUACCGUCCUCUCUUGCAUAUAUCCAGGCUCGAUGUGACGAACGUGUUCCAGUCCCACAGUCUGCAGCGGCAGCUGUCCAUGGGCCAGCUGUCCCCGCCCCUCGAGCCAGGCUCAGACAAGCGCUCCGAGCUGCGUCGUGGCGCCGGCGGGCACAGCUACAACCGCAGCAACAGCUCCAUCCUGCCCCACACAGGCACCACCAGGAACCGCGGCACCAGCCUCACACGCACUGGCUCAUCCGAGAAGUUCGACCUUCUGCGGCUCCGCUCGUCCAAGUCUCAGCUCAACUUGCAGGAGAGUGGAGGCAGCGGGCUCAACCAGUACGGUGCCCGCGACCGCGGUGCCACAGGUGCCAUGCAGGGAGGGCUGCCGUCACAGAGUGGCGCGGAGGCGCUGCGGCCUUUGACGCGUGUGCGGUCGCUCAACUCGCUGGAGCAGCUGAGUGCGCUGCCUCAUCUGGAGGAGGAGCACAAGCGGAAGGUGCUGGGCGACUCGGCCCCUGCUGACAGCGAUGGUGGGCCGGGCGGGGGGUGGCUGGACGCCGCUAUGAGCGGUAUAUUCGACCUGAGGCGGAUCCGCCAGCACUACGACCACAGGCGAUACCUGCGACACAAAUGGCCGCUGUUCAGACAGGUGACAGAGGGACCAGACAGCGGCACACACGCACGCACAGAGCCCACUAACCUGCUCCGUGUGUCUGUGGUGUGUUUCAGGGUCCAGUGGUGCCGCUGAAGGUGUACGACGCCCGCAACCCCAGCGGCCAUGGCUCAGACGCCGCGUGGCUGCCACAGGUGCUCGCAUUCGUCAGGCCAAAACGGGGGCUCAAUGGCAGCAGCAGCACCUCUCCGCGGUCGCCCAACAAGACCGCCACAACGACGGCGCCCACCACAGUGGGUGGGGGCACGCAGCCGGCUGACGGGGGUGAGGUGCUCGACCCGCUGAGGGCCGAGAUGGUCCUGGUGGUCAUCAACUUCGGCACGUCCAAGGUGGAGGGCACCAUUUGCUUCCAGUCACUGUGGCCACUUUUCCAAACAUACGGUAGGGAUGCACCCACACAGACAAACCGCUAAAUCACCCGCAGAACGAACAUUGCUGCGUGUGUGUGUAUGUGUAUGUGUGAACAGAGGAGACGUCUAUGAUGGAGAUCAUUGACCUGUUGAGUGUGCCGGAGCAGAGCGUCGACAUGUUCAGCCUCACCGAGUUCCUCGACACCAAACACGUCUUCCACAUCCCCGCAUUCGGCACCAUCUGCCAGGCGGUCCAGGUGGCCUCAGACACGGCCCUCCUCGCCGCCAGCGACCGCCAGCGCAAGAACUCCACCGACGGCAAGAGCCGCAACGAGCUGCUCCAGCAGUUCUACACCUGCAGCCUCCGGCGGCUGUCCGAGGCACUCAAGGCCGGCCUCGACUGCAGCAACAACUUCAUCUUCGCCAACAUACUGAGGGCCAUCAAGGACAGACCGGAUGUUGACGGGCUCGCGUCGGUGCUGCAGGUACACAGGGCGGCGGGGCGGAUGGGAGGGCCGUAUGUCUCUCAUCUGGCAUGCUCUGUGCUGUCCUUGUGUGUCUGUGUGUGUGUGUGUGUGUGUGUGUUGAUCAUGACAGGAGUUCUACGUCUUGCAGAAGCUGUACGAGAACGCCCCCUCUCUGUACAGUCUCUUUGUCGAGACGGGCAUCUUUCACAACAACGAAGUCGGCGCUAGGCUCUUCGCCAAGCUGCAGCGCAUCAAGGAAGGCGGCAAAGAAAGUACGCACGCCACUCAUCGGCACCAGAGACGCACACACCACACACACACAUGCAACAUGCCUGAUGGCGCGUGUGCGUGCAGACUCUAAGUGUGGUGCGGUCAUCUUCGCCAAGAGCCUGCUGGAUGCCAACCGCCUCGGCCCCAUCGCGUUUGUGGCGCCCGAGCUGGGCCGAUGGUCGACGGUGGGAGGACUGGGCGUCAUGGUCGAUGAGCUCUCAUGGUCACUGGCUGCACUCGGACAAGAGGUCAGUCACACAACGGACAAAACAAAACAAAACAAGAUGAGAAGCUUUCUGGAACCAGCCAGACACAUCCGCUGUGCGUGUCCCCGUGUGAAGGUGUGGGUGAUAUCGCCUUACUACGAGCGGAACCGCAAGGGCGAGAGUGGGUACCUGAAGCGAGACGGCAUCGAGUGGAAGUUCAACAUCGAGAUACAGCUGGGGUGGGACAAGCUGACAAUCGGGGUGCACGAGGGGCGCGUCAACGGCGUCAGGCUGCUCUUCAUGCACAACCCGCAGUUCUUCCCCCACCCAUACCCCGGUAGGGUAGGGUAGGGUACACACAACAAACACCCAAGAAGGCGAUCUGAAUGAUACUGGACAGACACGUGAGUGACCUUCUCUCUCUCUCUGCAUCUGUGUGUCAGAUUUCGAUGCGGCCCACGCCGUCAAGUUCCUGACUGCGAUGGGCAAGGCGCCCCUCGAGAUCUGCUGCCAGCUACGGUGAGAGCUAGGGGACGCUUGCAACGCCAACUUGAACACAUUGAUAAUGUGAUUGGAUUGUCUCAAUGUCUUACUCUUCUGUAUUUGUUGGCUGCAGCACCAUUCCCUCGCUGUUUGUGACCAACGACUGGGCCACUGGCCUGUGCGCCGCAUACGCCAAGAAGGUGGGCAUGGCACCAACCAACAGGCACAAACAGACACAGGACGGACGAUAGAUACACGAUUGUGUCAUGCAUGUCAUGCAUCUGUCGCCCGUGCCGUGCAGGGUCUGUUUGGCCGUACGUACGAGUCGACGACCUUCUUCCACGUCAUACACAACCUCGACGCCACCUACGAGGGACGCAUCUACCCCGCCAAGUGAGGAACCGAAUGGUAGCGGUGACUGCUCGAUUCUCAUCGUGUGUGCGUUGCUUGUGUGCGCAGGGGUCAGGACCUGAGUCACGUGCACGGUCUGCCGAUCGACCUGCUCGUCGACGCGCACUGGGGGCAGUAUGUCAUCAACCCUUCACGGUCAGUCUAGUCUGACUGACACCACACCCUCCCUGCUGUGCUGCUCCGCCACGCGUGCUCGCAUUCGAUGUGUGUGUAUCUUGCUUGUCAGGUGUGCCUUGCUGACGUGUGACUCGUGGGGCACUGUGUCUCGGUCCUACCGUGACGACCUUCGCGGCAUGGGCACUGGUCAGGCCUCCGCCCUGGCGCCACUACUCAAUCGCGUCAAGGAGCCGUUUGCCUUCCCCAACGGCAUCCCCAUCAAGGCCCGGCUGGAGCGGCUGCAGCAGCUCAACUGCCAGGGCAACGCCAUGCAGAAACACAUGGAGGCCAAGGGCAGGAUACAGGUGCGGUACUUCGGAUACGACAUGCCCGACCCCACGGUGCCGCUGUUCGCCUUCAUCGGCCGCAUCACCCAGCAGAAGGGGGUGCACCUGCUGCUGGACGCCGCCGAGAGCAUCAUCAAGCGAUACAACCAACGCAUUCAGAUUCUCAUCGGCGGCAUUGCCAACCACCGGGAACCCUACUCGGCACGAUGCGCCUCGCAGAUGAACCACCUCAAGUCGCAAUUCAGGUGCGCUGCUACGCUGCCUAGCCAGCUGCCUGACCAACCACACGUUUCUGAGUCUCUUUGUGUCUGUGUGUCGUCCACCAGGCACAACUUCUGGGCCGAGCCGAAUGAAUUCUUCACCGACGGGGCGCUGGUCAACCUUGGCGCCGACUUCGCCGUCAUGCCGUCGAUGUUCGAGCCGGGCGGCAUCGUGCAGCACGAGUUCUUCGUGGCCGGCACUCCUGUCAUCGCAUACAAGACAGGCGGACUCAAGGACACCGUCUCAGAAUUCAGCCCGGAGACAGCGGUGAGAGAGUGAAGCCAACACACCACACAAGCGACACACACGUGGAGGGAGGCAGGCAUCUGUGAGUAUGUGUGUGUGUGUGUGUGAUUUGGUGUCCAUCAGGAGGGCAAUGGUUUCACCUUUGAGGCGUACCAUCUGGGUGACCUCAUCUUCGCCAUGGAGCGUGCCAUUCGUGUGUUCCAGAACCAAGGGCAGUAUGCCUGGCUGCGGGAGAACGCCCGGAGGGGCGUCGUGAGCUGCGAGCAGGUGGCCAAGGCAUGGCUGGGGGAGUUCUGCAGGCUGAGGAAGAAAAUACCCCUCGACGGCGAAAUGGUGAGUGAGAGAUCAACGAACUGAGCGACAUAUCUAGCUACUCAGGUGACCUGAGGUGACUGACGGAUCUGUCUGUCUGUCUGUCUGUCCUUUCGUCCACUCCUUCCUCCAGGUUGCCGAGUUCCUCAAGGAGAUCCCCCCUUGGUCAGAGGACCGUUUGUCACAGCAGCCAGAAGGCACGUCGCUGCUCGACAGACUCGGUACGCCAUUUAUUUACGCCAACAGACGGUAGGGAGUGCAUACCAAUCAAUCAUUCUGUCGCCUGUGCGUGUGUUGUGUGUCAACCACCAGCCAAGGAGGAGGCCGACUCGCGCAAGGAGGAGGAGAAGGCCAAGCGGGUGAGUCGUGUCAUCGCCCCACCAGACGGCUCGUCACCCUUCCCGCCCUUCCAAGGCCCCGUGCUCAAGCGGCAGCCCAGCUACGACCAGAACCAGCUCCCAUCCACACCCUACUUUCAGGCUGCUCCCGCGCCACGGUCGACGAGGCGCAAGUCCCCCGUGCCCAUCCCCAAAGGCCCCAUCCCCUCCUCCCCUCCCACCCAGAAGCCCACUCCCACCCAGAAGCCCACGUACCACGCCGGCACACCCGACAUGACAAGCAGGCCGCGCGAGCCGUCCCCACAGGAGCCUGCCACAAGCAUCGGCCUGGAGCACAUCCCGUCAGCCCCCCCGGACUUCCUCACCGCUCGCAAGGCCGCAGCCCCUCCCCCUUUGUCCCCGCCCUACCAGCCGCGGCCACCAUCGGCCGCCCAGCAGGUGUCCCCUGGUGGCCAGGUGCCGUCCUCUCCCUCUCCCUCUCCCUCACCAGGCGCCCCCCGUGGGUAUGCCGGCCAGACCACCGGCAUCACCGGCCCCAUCAUUGCCGGUCCGCCACCCAUGGCCAGCCCAUACCACUACCCGUCAACCGCCCCAGGGCAGCGCCCAAUGCCACCCAGCCCCGGCAAGUCAUCCUCAUCCGGGAGUGCGCCCGAGCGGCCGAGGGGUCCUGUGCCCGUCCCUGGCCCGUCGCCGCGCCCCUCACCGUCACAGCAGGACGUCCAUGCUGCUGUGCGGACAGUGAGGGAGGCCACACCCCCCGGAGGGGGGGCGGCUGUGAGUGGUGCUGCGCCCCCUCCGCGGGCGAUGCAGCGGGGCCCGGCGCCCAUCCCUCCGUUCCUGGCGCCGCAGUCGCGAGAGCAGCUGUUCCACUCUGCCCCAACACGCCCCGAGGCCGCGUCUGCUGUGGCCGCGGCGACACGGCCGAUGACGAUACGAUUCACGCCAUCACAUGGACGGGUGAGGAGGGAGGGAGGGAGGGGACUGUGACGGGCGCAUGGACGAUGGUGUGUGUGUGGUUGGUUGAUCCAUCUUUGUCUGAUGUGUGUGUGUGCAGCCUCGUCCUCGUGUGGUGACUGUGACGGGGAGUUUCGACCAGUGGGCUGUGCGGCGGCCGCUGAGGUGGGACCAUGCCACUCAGCAGUUCCUACUCGACCUGGCACUCAAACCCGGACGAUACACGUAGGCAGUGCAGCCAGCCAGCACCGGAUGUAAAGGGAGAGAGGGAGGGUUUGGAUGUGUGUGGUGUGGUGUGGUGUGGUUGUGUGUGUGCAGGUACAAGUUGGUAGUUGACGGCGUGUGGCUGUGCAACCCGAAUGAGCCGAUGGAGACCGACCCCAUGGGCAACCAAAACAACAUACUUAUCAUACGAUAGAUGAACCAACCAAUCAGGGAGGGAGGGAGAGAUGCAUCAUGCUAUGCUCCACUGGUCUGCCUGCUGCCUGGGUGCUUUUUUCGGUGUGUGGAUGGGUGUGUGGGGGGGGCGUGGGUGCAUGUGUUAGCUGUUGGUGUUGGUCACUCAAGUGCUUUCACUGCGUCUGUCUGUCUGUCUGUGGCGUGGUUAUGUAACGAUCCCCUCCACACAUGUCAUGCGUGGUGUCCAACCACCACCAUAUGAUCUAUCUGAUCAUUUUUCUUACAAUACUACCAUCAUUUUAUCCAUCCCCACACACGUGGCCCGCCACGCCACGCCAGGCCACAUGUGCGACGUGUCUGUCUGUAUCUAUGUAGCUAUGUGCAACGGUCGACCUCCCAUGCUCUACUUCAAUGGCUGCAUUGAUUGGUGCCUUCAUGUGUGUACGCGAGAGAGAGAGACAGAGGGCAGAGAGAUGUGAGAGAUGGAUGUGUUGUGUUCUUGAGUUGAGGUGUGUGUGUUUCAAUGCCUGCCUGCCAUUCGUGUGCAUGGCUGGGGUGGCGGGCGUGUGCACGUGUUCAUUCUGCGGAGGCGUGUGUGCCGAUCCAGGCCGGAGGAAGGAAGGACGGCUUUGAAGUCCUCACACACAGGCUGUCUGUCUGUCUAGAGCAGCGAUUGGGGACGGCGUACCCGACAGCUCUCAUUACAGGAGCUGAUUCGGACCAGAUAACCAUACUCGAAUAGACACGCGCCUGUAUGCAUGCCGUGCAUACCCACUGACUGAUCUGUGUCCCAUGCGACGGAUUCGGGUGGGGCUCGUAUUUUUCGUCCCUCCCAUCCCCCUCCCUCCACCCUCCUCGCUGAUCGAUCGCACCCACCGCACCCCUCAGCGAGACUCCCUUUUUCACGUGCACACUCACACGCCUGACAGCGUGUGGGUGGGUUGACGGAGAGACGUGCCUCAGAUGUUCGUGUGAGGUGUGUGGCAGGCCGGGCCGGCCCUGCAGGCAGCGUUUUAUAAGGUCAUCGUACGUACGUAUCUGCGUGGGUCCGUCUGGACGUGUGGUCACUGCUGCUGCUGCUGGCCGUGGAGUUUUGGCAUGAUUCGGUUUGUCGUUUCAAAGCAUAACAGGCAACAGCCGACAGACAGACAGACACACAGACAGACAGAUGGAUGGAUGGAUGUGCGGCACCCUGUCUUUCUGACGGUGCGGCCGUGGCGAGGUGUGGUGUGGUUUCUGGUGUGUAUGGCGUUAGUGUGUCGUGCGUGAUGGGUCUGUCUGUCUGUCUGUCUGUGUAGGUGAGCGAGGCCACACCAGAUGUGUAGACACUUACAUACAUGCAUACAUACAUAGAUACAUACAUUUGUCGAUGUGCUGCUGUACGCGUGCCGUCUCUCCUUGCCGCCUUGUGUGUCUCCUCCUGUGUCUGUCGGUCUGGCUGCCUGUCUGUCUGUCCAGUAUGUAUGUGAUGUCGAGAGACGCUCAGUGCCAUCAUUUUUCUUUAUCAGAUCUACUUGAGUGCAUCCUGAUGUGUUGGUGCGAUAUAUGCGACACCUCUCCUUUAUCGGUCUUACAUACAUGAGUCAUGCACAGCACAGAUGGACUGCAGUGCACACCCGACACGUCGCAAAGACUUGUCGGUUCCAUGCCUUCUCAAAAUCGG